AUGGCCUGGCAGAAUUGUCGCUACUUGCUGAACUGCACCCCACGUCGGCGGCAUUAUUCAGGCAGCGCCCCUGGGGCUCCUUCUAUUCUCGACGGAAUUCGCAAUCUUGUGAAUCGACCAAGAAGCGAGAGCCUCGACACACAAACUAUGGGGAAGCCACUUCAGUGGAAGGAUAGCAAUGGUGACUCGGAAAAUGGCGAUUUGUAUGAUGAUAUCUUGCUUUUCGAAGACCUCUUAGCAACAGCUCGUGAUUUUCUCAUACUUCGCAAAACUUCACGCCCAAUUUCGGUCGAUGUAGUUGGACUUGUUGAUGCUCAACACGAUCCAUACCGCCAAUACAUGAAAGUGGUUGAUUGUUUUGAGCUUGCUCCCGUCAACAGUGAUUUGAUCAUUUUGGACAAGAAACUGAAGGUCAAAUUGACUUUU